AUGCCCAUCCCAACCCCAAAGACGCCUCCCCAGACCAAUGGCAAUGGCGUCGACGGACACUCGAAUGGCCUCCGCCUGAAUGGCAAAGAUCACGAUGGCAUGCAAGGCCAGAUCGCCAUCUGCGGAGUAGCGAUGCGCCUCCCCGGAGGCAUCCAAUCCCCCGACGCAUUCUGGGAUCUGUUAGAACAUGGUCGGGAUGCUCGCGGGCCCGUGCCUUUGUCCCGAUAUAACCUGGAAGGAUUCGAUGACUCCCUAGAGGGGAAGGAAACGAUCAAGACCCGGUUUGGGUACUUCAUCGAGGACGACCUGACGACGUUGGACGCGUCCUUCUUCUCCUUGACCAAGAAUGAGCUGGAAAAGUGCGAUCCCCAGCAGCGGAAGCUGCUCGAGGUGACGCGCGAGUGUCUGGAAGAUGCCGGCGAGGUCAACUACCGUGGCGAGCGUAUCGGAUGCUAUGUUGGCACCUUUGGCGAAGACUGGUUGCAGAUGAGUGCCAAGGAGUCUCAACACUCCGGGGGAUACAUAAUGACCGGGCAUGGCGAUUUGAUGAUCGCCAACCGCGUCUCAUACGAGUAUGACUUCCACGGGCCCAGCCUGGUCAUCAAAACCGGGUGUUCAGCAUCCUUGGUAGCGUUGCACGAGGCCUGCCGAGCGCUGCAGACUGGCGACGCAACAGGUGCCAUCGUGGCGGGCACCAACCUGAUUAUGGGGCCCACCACCACGGCAGCAAUGACGGCGGAGGGGAUCCUGUCCCCGGAAGGCUCAUGCAAAACGUUCGAUGCCAAAGCCGAUGGGUUUGCGCGUGCAGAGGCUAUCACUGCCGUGUAUAUCAAGCCCCUUGCCGCGGCCAUUCGCGACGGGAACGUCAUCCGCGCAGUGAUCCGCGCCACUGGCAGCAAUAGCGACGGCAAGAGUCAAAGUCUGAUGAGCCCGAAUGGGGCAGCUCAUGAGGCUUUAAUGAGGCAGGUGUAUGAAGAUGCAGGGCUGGACCCUGCAGAGACGGCCUAUGUUGAGUGUCACGGCACAGGAACUCCCACAGGCGAUCCCAUCGAAACCACCGCAGUGGGAAAUGUGUUCGGCCAGAAAGGGGUCUUCAUUGGCUCUGUCAAACCCAACAUCGGCCACUCGGAAGGAUCUUCGGGUAUCUCGAGUCUGAUCAAAGCAGUGUUAGCCCUCGAACAUAACAUAAUCCCCCCCAACAUCAAGUUCAACAACCCGAACCCCAAAGUUCCAUUUGCUGAAAAGCAGCUGAAGGUCCCUCUCGUCGCCACGCCGUGGCCGGACGACCGCGCUCGUCGCAUCAGCAUCAAUUCUUUCGGGAUUGGCGGUGCCAACGCUCAUGUCAUUGUUGACGCUUUCGUGCGGGACGCAACUCAAUUGACCGCAGAGGAGACAAAGCCCAAACCCACGUUGCUGGUAUUUUCAGCCAACACACAAUCCUCACUCACACAGAAGAUCGAACAAUUUCAGCAGUGUGUACCCGAAAGCCCCCAGUUGGCUUAUGAUUUCGCGUACACCUUGGCCCUUCACCGAGAGCAUCUCCCUUACAGAGCCUUCGGCAUCUGGGAUCAUGGCGCCUUUUCUGAAACAUCAGGGCUUGCUAAGGUACCUAGUCGUGUCCCUGAGGUUACCAUGAUCUUCAGUGGACAGGGUGCCCAAUGGGCGCAGAUGGGCAAGGACCUCCUCGAAACGGAUGUAGAAUUCCGUCGAGACAUUCAUGCAAUGGAUGAGGUUCUGCAGAGCUUUGCAUACCCCCCAAACUGGUCGAUAUCAGAUGAGCUUCAGAAGUCCAUAGAGAGUAGUCAGAUCAACCGCGCAGAGCUUUCCCAGCCACUGUGCACUGCUAUCCAGAUUGCCCUGGUCAACCGGUUUCUCGCCGCAGGGAUCGAGCCGAGUGCCGUAAUUGGCCAUUCCAGCGGUGAGAUCGCUGCUGCGUAUGCGGCCGGCAUCAUCACCAUGGAGGCGGCGAUGAUUAUCGCCUACUAUCGUGGGUAUGUGGCCAACACGAUGGCGCCAUCGAACGGCGCCAUGGCCGCCAUCGGGCUUGGUGCAAGGGAGGUCUCGCAGUUUCUGGUCGACGGCGUUACCGUGGCCUGUGAAAACAGUCCCUCUAGCACGACCAUUUCUGGUGACGCGGACAAAGUCGACGCAGUUCUCUCUGCGGUGGAAACGGCGGCUUCAGAUGUGCUGGCGCACAAACUGGUAGUGAACAUUGCGUAUCAUUCACACCAUAUGCGUUCACUAGCGGGCCAGUACUUCGAGCUCGUCAAGUCCGAGAUGGCACGACACCCGCGCUUGACGCCAGCCAGCAGUCCAUCCAGAUCCAAAGCGGAUUUCAUAUCCAGCGUGACUGCAACACGCCUCGAGGACCCGGCCAUGUUCCUCCUCGGCCCAGACUACUGGGUAGGAAACCUCACCUCACCGGUCCUCUUCGCCCGGGCUGUAACCACGCAUCUCCAGUCGUCCACGCAAGAUGGCCUGUUCUUGGAGAUUGGGCCUCACUCAACUCUGGCGGGCCCAUUACGGCAGAUCACUGCGGCGGCAUCCAGGCCUUGUGUCUACGCCGCAGCCAUGAUUCGAAACGAAAACUGUGCCCACAGCCUCCUCUCUGCGUUUGGGCGAUUGUUCCAGGAAGGCGUCCGCGUGGAUUUCUCAUCCCCUUCGUUGAUGGGCAGCGGCGGGAAAGCCCUGUCCGGACUGCCUACGUAUCCAUGGGAUCAUAAGAGUUCAUACUGGUACGAAAGCCGCGUGUCGCAGGCAUGGCGUCUACGCAAGUUCGCCCACCACUGCCUGCUGGGAAGUCGGGUGCCCGAGACCCCGGACAUGGAACCUCUCUGGCGGAACGUGCUGCAUUUAGAGCACGAGCCCUGGCUGGCAGAUCACAAAAUCCGCCGCGAUGUGGUGUUCCCGUUUGCCGGCUACAUCGCGAUGGCCGGGGAAGCUGUGCGGCAGAUCAGUGGCGCGGACAACGGAUUCAGUAUCCGCCAUGUGGUGGCACAAUCUGCACUGGUGCUGGUCGAGUCGAAGCCAGUGGAGAUGAUGACAGCGCUGCACCCACGCAUGAUGACGGAUUCGGAUGAUGGCGAGUGGUUUGAUUUUGUCAUCAUGUCCUACAGCAAUGAUACCUGGACCAAGCACUGCAAGGGGCAAAUCAAACCACUAGGAGAGGAAGUGAUAUCCAGCAGCAGGCCUUCACCGGACGGUCUUCCCCGUCAGGUGGAACCAGCCCGGUUCUACGAGGCCAUGGCCAAUGUGGGAAUUGUGUACGGCCCGGAAUUUCAAGGCCUCACCAACAUUAACUGCUCGCCUACUGAUGGGUUGGCGACGGCCGACAUUGUGCGAGAGACUCCUGGCUCGAACGGGUCACGCUCGCCGUUCUUUAUUCAUCCAUCGUCAAUCGACGCCUGUCUCCAGCUUCUGCUGGUUGCCAUGGCAAGGGGCCUGGGCCGCAACUUCAAUCAGCUGUCUGUGCCCACCGUCAUUGAGGAGCUGGAGGUUGCCAGAGGCGCCAAUGUAAUGCAGGCUAUUGCUUGGCAACCCUCCCAACUUCAGCGCUCCGGGGUAGAAUGCCUUGUAGAGGGUAAAACCGUGUUCCGAAUGGCGGGCUUGCAGCUGACACCGCUGGAUGAUGACAGCCUCGCGGACGAGUCUAGCCAGGAUGUCCACGCUGCUGCUCGGCUGGAGUGGUUCCCGGACUUCGACUUCAUGGAUGUGGGAUCCUUAUUCCAGCCCCCCGUGUCAGACCGAAAUGAGACCCGCCUGCAGGAGGAGAUGACCCUUCUUUGCGUCCUGGAUACAGCAGCUAAGGUGGCAGGCUGCCAGCCCUGCCAGCCGCACUUUGCUCAAUUUCGGAACUGGCUGCAGUUGGAGGUUGCCCGUGCCGAGCGUGGCGAGUAUGCUCUCGUCGAAGACUGCCAGAGCUACGUAUCUCUGUCGCCUGAGAAGCGUCAAGAGAUGAUCCAAGACCGGUAUGAACGGUUGUUGCAAAUGAACAAGCGGGCGGUAGCCAUCAGCCUGAUGCGCAUAUGUGACAACGCGGAGGCCAUCUUCACGGGCCAGGCCGACACGCUCGAUAUCCUGAUGCAGGAUAACGUGCUCACAGAGCUCUAUGACGUUGUCAGCUUCGGGCACAGUGAUUUCGUGCGCUUCCUGUGCAACAACCGGCCGACGCUGCGAAUCCUGGAGGUCGGCGCUGGCACCGGCGGAACUACAGAGCUGAUUCUGCGCGACCUUGUCGACGACGGGGGCUUGCCGCUGUAUUCCACCUAUACCUUCACCGAUGUUUCGGCAGGCUUCUUCCCACAGGCAAAAGAGCGAUUCGCGUACGCUGUAAACAUGGAGUAUAAAGUCUUCGAUAUCUCCCAAGAUUACGCGGAGCAAGGGUUUGAGCCAGGGACGUAUGAUCUGAUUUUUGCAGCCAAUGUCAUUCACGCCACGCCCGUCCUCCAGGACACCUUACGCAACCUGCAGCCACUCCUCCGUGCCGAUGGGAUGCUGGUGAUGACGGAGCUUUGUGCCGUCGUGCGAGCUCCCAACUAUAUCUUUGGCAACUUUUCGGGCUGGUGGCUGGGAGAGGCGGACAAUCGACCUCACGAGCCCUAUGUUCCAGUAGACCGAUGGGAUGUGGAACUCAAGGCCGCCGGCUUUGCUGGUGUGGAUACGGUUGUCUAUGAUGAAGAGGAGCCAUACCGGUAUUGUGCCGCUAUCUUGUCCAAGCCAGCUUCAAAGUCAGCCCUCGAGGGAUGUCCGGAGCCGAAGGUCGCUAUUCUCGCUGCCCACCUUGACACUGGGAUUGCCCCGUCCCUCGUAGCCGGGCUGCGGCGGUCUGGGUACGUCGUAUCUACCUGUCAACUGGGAGAUGCGCUACCUGAAGACCAUGAUAUCAUCUCCUGUCUUGAUCUCGAAAUAAACUUUUUUGAGGACAUCUCUGCAGAACGAUUUGCCGCAUUCCAAACGCUUCUUCGGUCCAUCAGUACGCAGAAGAUCCUGUGGCUCACAAAGCCCGUCCAAAUCCACUGUCAAGAUCCACGCUCUGCACAGACAAUUGGCGUGGCACGAACCAUUCGAUCCGAGCUGGCAAUGCCCUUCUUCACGCUCGAGAUCGAUCCUGCAGAGGACAGGUUUACAGACCUAGUGUCCCAAGUUUUCAACAAAAUACGGCCCAAAGAGGACCACAACGAGCUGGCUUCAGACAAGGAAUUUGCCGUUCAUGAAGGAACAAUCUGUGUCGGACGUUAUCAUCCCUUCUCCUUGACCACCGAGCUCUGCGAGAAGAGCAGCGAGAAUAUUACCACGACCAAGACCCUCCAAAUCGGCCGGCCGGGCCUUCUGGAGACAUUGAAAUGGGUAGAUCAGGGCCUUCCCGAGGUCCUACAGCCCGAUCAGGUGGCUAUCAAGACCCGCGCCAUUGGUCUCAACUUCCGCGACAUCGUGUUUGCCAUGGGAAUUAUCCCCGCUGGCGCCGAUGGGGAGGUCCCUCUGGGGCUGGAAGCAGCGGGUAUCAUCCAGCGGGUGGGAUCCGAGGUUCAGGGCUUGUCUCCCGGGGAUCGAGUCAUGGCAUUGGCGCCGCAUGGAUGCAUCACGACCGAUGCCAUCUUGCCGGCUUCGUUAGUAGUCCGAAUUCCGGACCACCUUAGCUUUGAGGAAGCGGCCACCCUGCCCAUUUGUUUCGUCACGGCUUUGCGUGGCUUGAUUGAUAUUGGCCGUUUGGAGAAGGGCCAGACGGUCUUCAUUCACUCCGCGGCCGGUGGCGUCGGGAUCGCAGCCAUCCAGAUCGCGAGAUUACUGGGCGCGGAGAUCUUCGCCACGGUGAGCACCGAAGAGAAGACCAGGUACUUGGUGGACCAGUGGGGGAUCCCCCGGAGCCAUAUCUUCUAUUCCAGAGACCAGUCGUUCGUCGCCGAUCUCAUGCAUGCAACGGGGGGCCGUGGGGUGGACCUCGUGCUCAAUUCGCUGUCAGGGGAGCUCUUGCACGCCUCUUGGAAGUGUGUGGCCGAGUAUGGCAUGCUCGUUGAGCUAGGUAAGCGAGAUUUGGUGCAGUCCGGCCAACUCGAUAUGCGACCUUUCCUGGCAAAUCGGAGUUACAGUUGCGUUGAUAUCUCGCAAUUCAUAAGGGAGCGGCCAGGGCUUAUGGGCGGGAUGCUUACGAGACUCAACGGCCUCAUGAAACUCGGCCUGCAGCCUAUCACGCCCAUAACCACAUUCAGCGGCGAAGACUCCGGCCAGGCCUUCCGGUACCUGCAGCAAGGAACCCAUAUCGGAAAGGUCGUGUUGAGCAUGCCCGAAGACACCUCAUCCAUACCAUCUUCAUUGUCACCGCGUCGCAUUAGCUUCGACGGAACGGCAACAUAUCUCCUCGCAGGUGGUCUGGGAGGGUUAGGGCGUUCGCUCGCUAUAUGGCUCGUAGAGUCGGGCGCCAGACACUUGACUUUCCUCUCGCGAAGCGCCGGUAUAUCGGAGCAGAGCAAGCAGCUCUUCCAGGAGCUGAAAGCAAUGGGAUGCUCCGUCCAUGCUGUCGCGGGAGGUGUCGAUAAGAUGGACGAUGUGAAAAAGGCCAUUUCCCUCUCCAAAGCUCCUAUCAAGGGCGUGUUCCAACUAGCAAUGGUCCUGGAUGAUGCACCCAUCCUCGACAUGUCCUGGUCUGCAUGGCAGACUGCCACCCGGCCAAAGGUCCAGGGCACAUGGAAUCUGCAUGAAGCGUUCCAAACCCACUCGCUCGACUUCUUCUGGCUGGCCAGCUCGCUGGUCACGGGUCUGCCGGCCUCGGUGUUGAACAUCUGUCCCAUCGACGGAGUCGGCUUUGUCGCCGAGAAUCCGAUCGCCCGCCGCAACAUGAAGGCUCAGGGUCUCUAUUUCCUGGGUGAGCGCGAAUUCCUGGACUACGUUGAGCUCGGCCUCCUCAACUCCCAUACCACGUUGACUCCCGCCGGGUCCGGCGCACCCUCAUCUUCACCCUCAAUCUCGCCACCUGCAGCUUGGAAGAACCCCGGGCAGAUCCUGAUGGGGCUCCGGUCGGAACUCGAUCUCGAUGAUCCCAACAACCGGACUAAUUGGCGAAGGGAUCGCCGCAUGGGCAUCUAUCAUAAUGUUCAUGCGGAGGCGAGCAGCGAGGAAGGCAAGGAUGCCAACACGAUCAAGGCAUUCCUUGCCCGUGCCGCGGACGACCCUUCGCUUCUGACGACGGUAGAGAAUGUGUACCUGCUGGCGGAGGAGAUAGGGCACAAGAUCUACGACUUCAUGCUGAAGCCGGACGAAGAAGUGGAUCCCAGUCUGAGUCUCCAACAGAUGGGGCUGGAUUCGUUGAUGGCCAUCGAACUGCGGCGCUGGGUGCGGCAGACCAUGGGAUUGGAGUUUAGUGUGCUGGAAAUGAUGGGAAUGGGUUCGUUGAUUAAGCUGGCGGAAUCAAUUGCCCAGUCCUUGCAGGUGAAGUACGAGUCGUGA